AUGAACAAAACUGCGAACAGAAGCGAUAUUGACAAUUCCCAAUCGGCAACCCCAAUCCCAGAAAAGAAACAGUUAUAUAGUCAUUAUGAAGAUAAAACUGAGGAAGUCAAGAAACAGUUUGUAAUUCUCAAAGAAAACCAAUACAUCAGUCGGCUGAAAAAUGUGUAUUCUGCAUCAAACGAAUUUAUGACAUGUGAUUGUAACGAGGAAAUCAUAGAUGGAGUGAAUCAUGCAUGUGGUCCUGAUUCUGACUGUAUUAACAGGUUGACAAACAUUGAAUGUGUAAAUGGACAGUGUGACUGUGGUGAGAGUUGUCAAAACCAAAGAUUCCAACGCAGAGAGUAUGCAGACAUCUCUGUUUUUCUGACUGAAAAGAAAGGUUAUGGAGUUAGGGCCAACGUUGAUAUUCCGGCAAACACGUUUAUUAUAGAGUAUAUGGGAGAUAUUAUUGACAGCAUCGAGUAUAAGUCCAGAAAAGAAAAAUAUGACGCAGAGGGAAUUAAGCAUUUUUAUUUUAUGAUGAUCCAAGAUAAUGAAAUUAUUGAUGCAACCAAAAGAGCAAGUCUAGCUAGGUAUUGUAACCAUUCAUGUUCACCAAAUGCAUAUGUUGACAAAUGGGUUGUCAAUAAGAGAUACAGAAUGGGUAUUUUUGCCAAGACCGACAUAACAAAAGGUGAAGAAAUCUGUUUCGACUAUAAUGUUGACAGGUACGGAGCAGUACCACAGACAUGUUAUUGUGGUGCGCCUAAUUGUCUUGGUGUUAUGGGCGGUAAAACACAAAGUGAAACUGUUAGGUUGUUGCCUCAUAUAGUUACUGAAGCUUUGGGUGUCACUGCAACUGAUGAAAAGAAGUGGCUCAAGGAACAGCGUAAAAGCGGCAUUAAGGUGACCACUGCUAAUGUUGAAUCACAUGUUAAUGUGGAAUUUGUCAAAGCUCUUGAACUUAAGCCUCUAUCCGUUGCUGAUAUUGCCAAAGUUUCUAGUUGCCUUAUGCAACCCGAGUUGGAUUUCAUUGUUAUUCAACGAAUUGUGGAACGAUUGUUGAUAUCACAGGGUGAAAAUUUUGAUGAAAUUCUAAGAAGGUUUAAUAGACUACAUGGGAUUCAAGCAUUAGGUGACGCAUUACAAACAUUACUAGAUAAUAUUAAAAGCAAAAUCAACAAAGCACAACAAAAGUUAGUGGAAGAUGUUGUUCACCUAUUAGAGCUAUGGCCUGUUUUGAAAUCUAAGAAUUCAAUUAGAGACAGUAAUCUUGAAACGACAUUAGUGCAGUUGAAAGAUAAAGGUAUCAAUUCCGAAUUAAAGUCGAGGAUUGAUAAGUUGGUAGAAUCUUGGUCUGGUCUAGAAAUUGUCUAUCGUAUUCCAAAGAAGUCUGAAAGCAUUAGUUCACGAAAGAUCUUGGACGAGAGGAGAAGUCGAUCUACUGAUCACAUGAUUAGCACAAAGUUGCCGACAGGUCCAUCUAGUGCAACCAAGAAACCAUGGGUUAGUAUUGAUGCUUCUUCAUUGCCAAGCAAUAGAAAACUAAAGGGUAUACCUCUACCACCUGGAUGGGAAUGGGCAACUGAUCCUAAGAAUGACAGAAUUUACUUCUAUAAUCGUCACUCCAACGUAACACAAUGGAACCAACCUAGUUGGGAUGAUUAUACAAAGCAGGAGGAGGAGAAACGUAAGCGGGAAAAGGAGAGAGAAAAGGAGAGAGAAAGAAUCAAGGAAAUUCGGGAUCUGAAGUAUCUGGAGGAGAAACGAGCAAGGCAAAGAGAGGUUGAAUUAAGAGAGCAAGAGGAAAGGCGUAAUAUUCUAUCUACCAUCAUUGCCCAAGCAUCCACUAACAACGAUGUUAACAGUAGUGGGAAAAAGUCUAAUUUGAAAACCAAUGGGGACGCAAAAAGAAAAAAUGUCAGUAUUGAAGAGAAUACAUCACAAAGGCAACCAAGCCCCUAUAAUGAUUGGGAUGGAAAAAAGCACGCUUCCAAUGAAAGGAAAUGGGCAUUACUGUUUGCUGCUUAUGUUCCAAAUGUAAUCAAAAAAUAUGAAUCUAGUACAGGUAGGGAGGUAAUAAAAAACUGUGCAAGGGACAUUGUGCACUUGUUAGCAGAAAAGGAGGCAAAACGUCACGCUGGUGAGAAUAUUCCUCGUGAACUAUCACAUGAACGUAAGCUCAAAAUUAAAUCAUUCUGCAAAAUAUAUAUGGAGAAAUUCAUGAUUAAAUUUGAGAAUAAGAAGAGAAAAAUUGAAAGUUCAAACCCUUCUUCCAAAAAGACGAAAGUGUGA